AAGAGUUUCUUUGAUGAAACAGAGUGUUGACACCGACGAGGAAAGUGUGAAGCUUUUAUAGAUCUAAUACACUUGCAAACUCUGAUCUGGAGUUGAAUUAGACAAACCCAUCAAAUGAUUGCAUCUCCGGUGAAGCCACUCUUCCUCUUCGUCUUGACUUUCUCUCUUCUCCUCGUCGUUAUCAUUCUAUCUCCCUCGCCACACUUCCUGCAGAUUCUUCCACCGGUUCCUUCCGGUUCAUCACUGGGUGGUUCUGUAAUAUGGGGCGUCAAGAGGACAAUAGAGUGGAGGCCUUGCAAGUGGUGGUUAGAAGGACAUCUCACUCCUCUACCAGCUCAAAAUAAUGGAUACAUCCGUGUUGAUUGCUAUGGCGGCCUCAAUCAGAUGAGACGCGAUUUGUGUGAUGGAGUUGGGAUUGCUCGUUUGCUGAAUGCUACACUUGUUCUGCCAAAGUUUGAGGUGGCUGCCUAUUGGAACGAGUCAAGUGGAUUUGCAGAUGUGUUUGAUGUAGACUACUUCAUUCAGAAGAUGAGUGGUUUUAUCAAUGUCGUAAAAGAGCUACCAAAAGAUAUUGCAUCGGUAGAACCGUUCAGAGUAGAUUGUAGCAAAAGGAAAGGUCAAUUUGAUUACAUUGAGAGCGUUCUUCCAUCGUUAUUGGAACAUCAUUACAUCUCUUUUACACCAGCAAUGAGCCAACGCAGAGACAGGUAUCCCCAGUAUGCAAAAGCCACUCUGUGUCAAGCUUGUUACUCAGCACUACGCCUUACUAGCUCCUUGGAGAAGAAAGCCACCGGGCUUUUGGACGCUAUUCCCAAACCUUUCUUGUCGCUUCACCUCAGAUUUGAACCAGACAUGGUAGCCUACAGCCAAUGCGAAUACACAAGCCUCUCUCGUUCAUCCGUCGCCGCCAUCGAAGCCGCUCGUGUUGACAGGAAGCCAUGGACAGGAGAGCUAGCUCAGAUUUGGAGGAAGCGAGGCAAAUGCCCUCUGACUCCUAACGAGACGGUUUUGAUGCUUCAGUCACUGAACAUCCCAACGAACACAAACAUUUACUUAGCAGCUGGAGACGGUCUAAUGGAGAUGGAAGGGUUCACAUCUGUUUACACAAACGUGUACACAAAGUCUGCUUUACUUAACCAAGAGGAUUUCACCAGAAUGCAUGGAAACACAAAAGCUGCAUUGGAUUAUUAUGUCUCCAUCAACAGUGACGCGUAUGUGGCGACUUACUUCGGAAACAUGGAUAAGAUAGUUGCAGCUAUGCGAACAUAUAAACAGAUGCAUAAUACUCUGUUCCUGAACAGAAAAGCGUUUGCAGAAAUCACUUCUCAGGGUCUUGAAGGCGCUGAGCUGAAGAAUGCUCUUUGGGAAGUUCAUAAAAACGAUUUUGCAAUUGGUAGAGGUUUUGCUUUGCCAGACUGCUUCUGUGAAUUUGAGCUGUAAAAUGCAGAUUCUUUUCUCCUUUCAUUCUUUGAGUUGACACAACGUUUGUAACAACAACACUUUGUUCAUGUACUAUUGACUUUGAGAAACCCUCAUGUUUGCAAAUACAAAAACAA